UUUAUAAAUAGGACAAAAUGUAGUAAGCUGAUUAAUUUAGAUAAAUACAAUGUAGAUGAUGAUAAAGAACACUGAAAUUUGAUUGAUAUGAUGUUUAAUCAUGUGUGAUAAAAUUAAAAAUCAGUUUUAACUUAAAAUUACCGCUGAGCUAUCAGUGUGACGUCUGUCAGCGACUAUUGUCAUAUGUGACGUAUAUCCCCGUAGGACACAAGAUCCGGGAAGGGAAGUAAGACCCACGUGCGUGUAUUCAAUUAUUGAUCGGGGAAGUUAAAACUCACGUGAGAGUAUUCAAUUAUUCAUCAAAGGAAAUAUACAGGUUUACACAAAUAUGGUGGACUGAAAUAAGGAAGAAGUUCAAAAUGGGUGAGAAGAGCAUUGACCGAGUGUUGUACGUUGUGCGCAUGCUCGCGUUCUUGUUUCUGUUUGUGGGAAUUGGAUGCACCGGAAGUGGCGUCAUGAACUUCAAGUACGCGAUACCAAACUUACACUUCCCGUACUCAACGGCUUCCGGUAUAUGGACAGGGCUCAUAACAUUAGCCAUUGGACUCGUGGGUCUGUGCCUAUGCAAGAAGUUUGACGCAGCAGAUCCUGCCGCAACACGUUGUCUGGCAGUGGCCAUGUACACGUUGGUGAUCGCAGACAUCACGUGCGGAAUCCUGCACGUGUGCUACUCGGCCGUGGGAUUGAACAAGUGCUUCGAAGAAGUCCGUACGGGUUACAUGACGUGUAACCCCGAGGAGCGACCCCGCCUGAUGCUGACGGAGGGGUUCAACCUGGCCUUCGGCUCCAUUAUCAUACUCUUGUCAGUAGUGUUCACCGUAUACCUGUCUGUCCGCGGGACGCUCCAGCGACUUACGGGCGCGACCUCAGGUCAGGGGGCGCCACACAGCACGUGCUGCUACGGCCACUGUAACGUCUACGUGAACAGUGUGGUUGUAUCCUAGCGUAGUAGGAACUCACGAGAUAUUUUUCCGAGUACUUGACAGAAUAAUAGAGUGAUAUGUUAUGAAAACCCUCGGUAGCCAGGGAACCAAGUGACCCUAGUGAUUUAUGUUGUUUUUGUUUGUUAUUUAUUGGAUAUGACUCUGUUCAAAUGUGACUCAUACUCUCCGUAUUUAUCCGUCAUGCUGUUACAAUUUAUGAACUACAGAUAUAUUUUGUAUUCAAUACAAAACGUACAUGUAUUGCAUUCAAUUUAUGUUUAUAUUGUAUAUUUUAUACUAAAACAAAUAAAAUCAUGUUUAUUUCAUCAUAA